AUAGCGCACACCCUUGUCCUCGAACAAAAAGUGUUUCUGCGCUCACAGUCUGACAUCUACGUACAAAAUACAUUGCUGUUUUCUUGACACAUUUCUUGGCUUGCUCCUCCAACCCUAACCCGUCAAUCCUUCCAAUCUCUUUGUGGAGAGAGAAAGGGAAUGCUCAAGGAAAACUCGUUGCCACCAGGUACAGCCCAUGGCUGACCUUGCUGAGAAGCCUGAGGACUUAGCAACCAAAGAGUGGAGGGGUGACAGAAUAGUUCGUCCUGGCCUUCGGAAUCUGCAAUGGCGAGCUGCCGGAGCGACCAGCAGUGCUUCGUUUUGUUCGCAAGCGUGGUGGGUGUAGCGCUUUGGUUUACUGCAUGUGCUGCUGGAGACGCAUGCACUCCGAAUCCGUGCGAUAAUGACUCAACGUGUGUUGCUAUUGACACCGGCAGCAGCACCGGCACCACAGCUACAGGCGAUGCUGCCGACUACGACUGUUUGUGCACCGCGGGUUAUCAGGGGGAUAACUGUACGGACGUCGUCGACAUGUGCAAGGACGAUCCUUGUCUGCAUGGCAACUGCAGCUCACUGAUCGGCGACUACGUAUGCAACUGCACUUCAGACUUCACGGGCAAGAACUGUACCGAGUCAGUCGACUAUUGCAAGUCAAAGCCAUGCGUCAACGGCGUGUGUAAUUCAUCCAGUGCGGGAUAUGUUUGCACGUGUCCUGUUAGCUGGACUGGCAGGCUGUGCGAGACCUAUCUAGAUCCAUGUUUGUCAUCGCCAUGCAGCCAUGGCAGCUGCAUUGCUGGGAGUACCGGUUACAUGUGCGAAUGCAAUGCGGGCUAUACCGGCGGAAUGUGUGCAACUGCAAUUGAUCACUGUGCGAAUGCGAGCUGCUUGAAUGGCGCCACGUGUCACACCAGUACGAUCAACUUCACAUGUACGUGCCCGUCGGGGUUUACUGGCCAGCUCUGCCAAACGGAUAUAGAUUACUGCAGCUCCGUGACGUGCAGAAACGGGGGGACAUGCCACGAGCGUAUUGACUCCUUCAGCUGCAGCUGUGCGGCAGGUUAUACGGGUAGUGUGUGUGAGACUGAUGUGGAUGAUUGUAGCAGUGUCAACUGCCACAAUGGAUCGUGUGUGGAUGCGGUGAACGGCUAUGCGUGCCUGUGCUCCGCUGGUUUCACCGGGCGGCAUUGCAAUGUGUCGAUCGACUACUGUGCCGGCGUCGACUGCAAUCGUGGUGUUUGCAUCAUUGCAAACCACACAAGCAGCUGUCAGUGUGAGAGUGGGUACACAGGGCAGCUUUGUGCUACGAAUAUUGACGAUUGUGCAGCGGCUAAUUGCUCGAACAACAGCACAUGUGUUGAUGGUGUGGACAUGUUCACCUGCCUAUGUCGACCGGGGUUCACUGGACAUCGCUGUGAAACAGAUGUUGACGACUGUUCUGCUGAGCCAUGUCACGCUACUGCAACAUGCGUGGAUGCUAUCAGUACCUACACGUGUCUAUGUGCACCGGGGCACACAGGCAGAAACUGCUCCACGGUCAUCGACCACUGCAACAACUCCAGCGUGUGUGGCAGCAACGGGCUGUGUGUGAACAACGUUACAGGCUACUCAUGCAACUGCUCGGCAGGAUUUACCGGUAGUGUAUGCGAUGUGAGCAUUGAUGAAUGCUCCAGUAGUCCAUGCUCAAUGCACGGUAACUGCACAGACCUAGUCAAUGGGUACGUGUGUAAUUGCUCGGCUGGGUACACUGGGGUGCACUGUGAGAGCGAUAUUGACGAAUGUGCGUCCAACCAGUGCCUCAAUGGCAGCACCUGCAUUGACAGUAUCGAUGGCUACCGUUGUGCAUGUGCUGGAGGAUAUACCGGCUUGCACUGUGAGAGCGACAUUGACGAAUGUGCGUCCAGCCCGUGUCGCAAUGGGAGCACCUGCAGGGAUGGCAUCGAUGGCUACGGAUGCAUAUGUGCUGGAGGAUAUACUGGCUUGCACUGUGAGAGCGACAUUGACGAAUGUGCGUCCAGCCUGUGUCGCAAUGGGAGCACCUGCAGGGAUGGCAUCGAUGGCUACGGAUGCAUAUGUGCUGGAGGAUAUACUGGCUUGAACUGUGAGAGCAACAUUGCCGAAUGUGCAUCCAGUCCAUGUCGCAAUGGCAGCACCUGUAUUGACGAUAUCAAUAGCUACCGGUGUGUAUGUGCCGGAGGAUAUACCGGCUUGAAUUGUGAGAGCGAUAUUGACGAAUGUGCAUCCAGUCCAUGUCACAAUGCCAGUACUUGUGUGGAUGGUAUCAACGGCUACAGAUGUUUAUGUGCUGCAGGAUAUACCGGCUUGUAUUGCGAGAGUGCCACUGACGAAUGUGUGUCUCAGCCAUGCCACAACGCCAGCAUUUGUGUGGACGAGAUCGACAGCUAUCGAUGUGUAUGCGCCGCAGGUUACACAGGAGUACUGUGCAAUAUCCCUGUUGAUGAAUGCGCCUCUCAGCCAUGCCUCAGCAAUGCUACUUGCAUCGACCAGGUCAACGGGUAUCGGUGCGUGUGUGUUAGUGGAUAUACGGGUGUGAGGUGUGCUCAUAACAUUGAUGAUUGUCUGCCACAGCCAUGCGGGGAUCACGGCAACUGUACAGAUGCCCUGGACGGCUACCACUGUGCGUGUCAUGCUGGCUUUACUGGAGCACGCUGUCAGAUGGAGGUACUGGAGUGCGCAUCCAGUCCGUGUGCUAACAACGCUACGUGCGUCGAGGACAUUAACGCGUACCGCUGCCAAUGUCCACCGUCACACACGGGCAUCCACUGUAUUACAGCGGUGGACCCGUGCAUUUCGAACCCGUGCCAUGGCAACAGUACGUGCUCCGGCGUUGCCACGGGGUACCUAUGCGCGUGUCCACCGACGCACCGUGGCAGGCUGUGCAAUGAGACAGUCAUCUGCACGAAUGCAACGUGCUCUAACAAUGCGACAUGCACGGAAACUCCCAACGUCGUCGACCGCACAGCCGCCGCACAGUUCAACUGUACGUGUAGAGGUGGAUGGACGGGCCAACGAUGCAACGUCUCAGUGGAUGACUGUGCUUCCACGCGGUGUGCACACAAUGCUACCUGUGUGGACAAGCACAUUGCUUACGACUGCCUGUGCCCAGUUGGAUAUACGGGUGAUCAUUGUCAGACGAACGUUGACGAUUGUGCUGACACUCCGUGUGCCGACAACGCAACAUGCGUGGACGGUGUGAACUCGUUCAGCUGCGCGUGUCCUGUCGGGACAACCGGAGCACUGUGCGAUGUGGAUACACUGGAAUGUGCCAGCCAGCCAUGCAUGUACAAUGCCACGUGCGUGGAGGCGAGCGUGGGUGCGGGCUACGCUUGCGUCUGUCCCGCCGGCUUCAGCGGCGUGGACUGCGAGACGGAGCUGGACCCGUGCGACAGCGCGCCGUGCAUGCAGGGUGGAACAUGCUCCAGCGAUGGUGGUGUUUACACAUGCUCCUGUACGGCCGACUACACCGGUCGGCGCUGUGAGUCGCGAGUGCUCUACUGCACGGGCCAGCCGUGUCGGCACAACGGAACCUGCGUCGAGGACGCCAUCGACUACCGCUGUGACUGCCUGUCACGUUUCUCGGGCAAGAACUGCGAGACGGCUCCGGAUUACUGCUCGCCAUCGCCAUGCUCCAACAACAGCACUUGUGUGAAUGACAUCUAUAGUGGAUAUACGUGCAACUGUGCACUGGGCUGGACGGAUCAUAACUGUGCUGUGAAUAUAGAUGAUUGCCAGAGCUCACCCUGUGCUAACGGAGCUACGUGCGUAGACCUGCUGAGUGCCUAUCGUUGUGACUGUGCCGGCGGUUUCGAAGGGCACAAUUGCUCAGUCAACAGGGACGACUGCACUGGUGACCCGUGUAGAAACGGUGCAACGUGUGUGGAUGGCAUUGCAGCAUACACGUGUGCAUGUGCUGCUCAGUACACUGGCGCACAGUGCCAGUCGGAUUUGAACGCAUGUCGCAGCUCUCCGUGCCAGCACAACGCCACCUGUUCCAACAGCGGCUACUCGUUCAACUGCUCUUGUCCCCAGGCCUACGCCGGUCUUCUCUGUGCCGACGAUGUCAACGAAUGUAACCAUAGCAACGCCUGUCAAAAUGGCGGCACUUGCCUGAACUAUGCAGGUGGUUACAACUGUAGCUGUGUGUCAGGGUACACUGGCAGGCAGUGUGAGAGCGAUAUCGACGAAUGUGCCACCGUGCCGUGUAGAAAUGCUGCAACCUGUUACAACACUAACGGAAGUUUCUCGUGCUCGUGCGCCGGUGGUUUCACCGGGCAGCUGUGUGAGUCGGAUAUUGACGAAUGUAGCAGCAACAGCACACUGCAGUGUGAACAUGCUGCUGUGUGCAGAAAUCUAGUGGGUGGAUUCAACUGCACAUGCACAUCAGGGUAUAGCGGAUCGCGCUGUCAACACGACCUGGACGAGUGUCUACAGUCGCCGUGCCGGAAUUCCGCUACCUGUACAAACUUUGACGGCGGAUUCAACUGCACGUGUGCGUCUGGGUACAACGGGUCACGCUGUGAAUAUGAUAUUGAUGAAUGUCUGCAGAAACCAUGUCGUCACGGUGCCAACUGCACUAACAACGACGGCGGGUUCAGCUGUGCGUGCACAUCGGGGUAUAACGGAUCACUCUGUGAGAAUGAUGUGGAUGAGUGUCUGCAGUCACCGUGUCGGAAUGGCGCUAGCUGUACAAACCAUGCUGGCAGCUUCAACUGCACAUGUACCACGGGCUACACUGGUGGACUGUGCCAGCAGGAUAUUGACGAAUGUCAGAGCUCGCCGUGUGCGAACGACAGUACAUGUAUGAACAUUAACGGCAGUUUCCUGUGUCAGUGUAAUGCCGGGUACACUGGAGGCCUGUGCGAUACGGAGCUGAAGGAGUGUAUGUCCAGCCCGUGUCAGCAUAACGGUACGUGCGGAGAGAUGGUCAACAGCUACGUGUGUUCGUGUCCGCCCGCCUACACUGGUCACAACUGUCAAACCGAAGUGGACGAAUGUCUACCACAGCCGUGCAAGAACGGAGCCACGUGCCGUGAUCUGAUCGGCCGUUACCUGUGCGUAUGCCUGCCUGGGUUUACCGGUAUGGACUGUGGUACAAAUAUCAACGAGUGUGGCUCUUCACCGUGUCGUAACAAUGGCACGUGCUCUGACGGUGUUGCUACAUACAACUGUACAUGUCCUAUUGGGUUUUUUGGAAGUCGAUGUGAACUGGAGACAGACGAAUGCCUGUCAGGUCCUUGCAGUAACAAUGCUACAUGCGUGGACGGCAUUGCUCAGUUCUCCUGCACUUGCGAUGCAGGCUACACAGGUCGUCUCUGUCAGACGGAUAUCGAUCACUGUGCGGCCAGUCCUUGUCGGAACGGUGCGAGCUGUGUCGACCAGAUACUCGGCUACUCUUGUCUAUGUACACCUGGGUACACGGGUAAGACAUGCUCAGCUGACAUUGACGAGUGCGGCUCUUCACCCUGCUUGAAUUCGGCUACGUGCACGGAUCGUGUCAACGCGUACACGUGUCAGUGUGCGGCAGGGUACACAGGACGGAAAUGUGAAACUGACAUUGAUGAAUGCGCCUCGCUACCGUGUCAUAACAAUGCUACGUGCAGCGAUGGCAUUUCCGCGUACGCAUGCACCUGCAGUGCUGGCUUCACUGGUUCAACCUGCAUGGUGAAUAUCAAUGAUUGCAUACCAGAUCCAUGUCAGAACAAUGCUACGUGUGUUGAUGAGGUUGCCGCCUACUCUUGCCAGUGUGCGCUCGGUUUUCGGGGCAAGAAUUGCUCGGAGAAUAUCGACGAAUGUGCUGUUCAGCCUUGCCGGAACGGUGCAACGUGUAUCGACAGUGUAGCCUCGUAUAGGUGUGAGUGUGCGGCGGGGUACGACGGCAAGAACUGCUCCAAUGAUGUCAAUGAAUGUGUGCCGAGUCCAUGCUUGAACAACGCCACAUGCAUGGACGGAAUCGCUGCGUACGCGUGCCGGUGCAGCGCCGGGUUCAACGGCACAAACUGCUCGCACAACAUUGACGAUUGUGCAAGCUCACCAUGCCUGAAUGGUGCGACGUGCUCGGAUCAGAUCAAUAACUAUCACUGCUCCUGUGCUACUGGCUUCAUGGGUAGGAAUUGUGAGACAAAUAUCGAUGAUUGCCUGACGAGUCCAUGUCGUAACAAUGCCACCUGUAAUGAUCACAUUGCAAACUACUCAUGCACGUGUGCCACCGGUUUCACCGACAGAACUUGCUCCAGCAAUAUAGAUGACUGUGCUGCACAGCCGUGCAGUAACAAUGCAACGUGCGUGGACGGAAUUGCUGCCUAUGCCUGCUUGUGCCAGGCAGGUUUCACUGGUCGGAACUGUUCAACGAAUAUCAAUGAGUGUGCCAGCUGGCCAUGUCGAAACAACGGCACGUGUCACGACGGAGUAGACCAGUUCGCUUGCUCCUGUGUCUCUGGGUUCACCGGCUACAUGUGUGAGAGAAACGUGGACGAUUGUGUGCCGCAACCGUGCGUUCACGGCACGUGCAUCGACCGUGUGGCCGGCUACGUGUGUGUAUGCGAGCCCGGCUUCAACGGUACCGACUGCGGACUGCCGAUUGACGAGUGCUUGUCUUCACCAUGUCGUAACAACGCAACAUGCCAUGAUCGUCACAACGGAUACGUGUGUGACUGUGUGGCCGGGUUCUCCGGUGUGCACUGUCAAACCGAGCUCAACGAGUGUCGGUCGUCUCCGUGCAGCAACGGCUCAACGUGCGUUGACAUGGUCAACGGCUACGCGUGUGCGUGUCCCGUCGGUCUCACUGGCGUGCACUGUGACGUCAAUCCGGACGACUGCGCGCCGGGGACCGGCAAUGUCUGCUACAACCAGGGUGUGUGUAGAGACGGGCUGAGCAACUACACGUGUGAUUGUCCACCGGCAUUCACUGGCUAUCACUGCCAAUACGUGAGCUCAAUGUGCUCUCCGGCGGUGUACACCAACACGUCGUUCUGCCUGGCAAACUGCUCCAACUGCCCAGCUAACAGUCACUGUGAACAGAGCGGUGACGGCAUCCAGUGCGAGUGUGACUUCGGCUACCACGACUCGAUGACGUCGGCACACCGCUGUGAUGAUGUCGACGAAUGUGCCAUGAUGAUGUCAUCGUGGGACUGCACGAAGCUGGGGCAGUGCAGCGUGCCCGCACCGCGCGCCUGCCACGUUCAUGCCAGGUGCACGAACUACGCCGGCGGGUACAACUGCUCCUGUGCGGCUGGCUAUGCCGGAGACGGGUUUGUGUGCAGUGACAUAGACGAAUGCGCAGGCAACACGCACACGUGUAGUGUGCACGCUGCAUGUGCUAAUCUACCUGCCACGUACCUGUGCACAUGUCAGCUGGGCUGGUCCGGAAACGGGACACGUUGCCAUGACAUCGACGAAUGUCACAUGACCACGGACGAAUGCCACCGUCGUAGCAACGCGGCAUGCGCGAACACGAACGGCUCGUACACGUGCGGGUGUUUGAGUGGAUUCUCCGGUGACGGCGUCUACUGUGAUGAUAUAGACGAAUGUAGCUCACUGUCGACGUGUGCUACCAUGGCGACAUGUGCGAAUUCGUACGGCUCCUAUCAGUGUGCGUGCAAGAUUGGUUACCGUGGGGACGGCAAAACGUGCACGCAGAUCGACGAGUGUUUGGACGGCACGCACGGUUGCCACGCCAACGCAGCGUGCACCGACGCGCCGGGAAGCUACACGUGCCGGUGCCUGGCUGGCUAUGUUGGCAACGGUUACUGUUGCCAGGACGAUGACGAGUGCAUGCGACCUGGCUCGUGUGGCGUGAACACGGUGUGUGUGAAUACGAUGGGUAGUUUCCGCUGUGACUGCACGCCCGGGUACAACCACAGCGCUACGGAUGCGCUCAGCUGCCCGGUCGAUUUCGAUGAGUGCACUAAUCGUGUGCACAACUGCCACGCCCAGGCCACAUGCAGCAACACGCCGCCGGGGACGUACACGUGUGCGUGCGGCUCCGGGUACACUGGAAACGGAGUGUUUUGCGACGACAUUGACGAAUGUACUAGCGGCAGUGUGGCGUCGCAGUGCAACCGUAACUCCUACUGUGUGAACACCAUCGGGUCUUUCCUGUGUCCGUGUCGCAACGGCUGGACGGGAUACUUUACUAGCCGUGGCAGGCAGUGUCUGGAUAUCAAUGAAUGUGCCACUACGGGCGCCUGUGGCACGGGACAAUGUACCAACACCGCGGGGUCUUUCUCCUGCAGUUCGUCGGCGGCGGGAACGAUAACGAGCUGUCCGCAGGGCUAUCAGGUAUUCGGAGCUCAGUGCUCGGACAUUGAUGAGUGCAGAACCGGACGUAGCAAUUGUAACCUGAUGAUGUCAUCGUGUGUUAACAGCGCUGGAAGCUAUUACUGUCAGUGCAAGGCCGGAUAUUCUCAUCCAAGCAAUACCAUCAUAGUCUGCAGUAAUACCGAUGAAUGUGUACCUGUAUCACCGUGCGGUGCAAACUCACAAUGCACAGACACCACCGGCAGUUACACAUGCACCUGUCAUACUGGCUAUGCCUGGAACUCCACCACGCGCCAGUGCGACGAUCGGAACGAAUGCUCGACGCUCUGCACCGGCGCGCUGGAGAGCUGCUCAAACGUCGCUGGAAGCUACCGCUGUGCGUGCCAGGCUGGCUACGAGCGGCAGCAGCAGCAGGGUGGUGGCGGCGGAACGGGUCUGGGCGUUUGCGUUGAUGUCAAUGAGUGUAGUGCUGGCCUAGUGCAGUGUCCGGUGUACUCUCACUGUGUCAACACAGCCGGCUCUGCACAGUGCCAGUGUGCAGUGGGCUACACCGGGGACGGCCUGAGCUGCUCAGAUGUGAACGAGUGCGUGGACAGUGGCGGCCAUGGUUGCCAGGCCGACAGCAAGUGCACCAACACGCCGGGCAGUUAUGCGUGCGAGUGUGAAAUCGGCGAGGGCAAGUCGUGUGCGUGCAAUGCGCAGCACGCGUGUCCCGUGGGCACGCAGUGCGUGUCCGGAAGCUGCACAUGUGCAUCCGAAAUUAUCGGUAACGAGUGCGUGUCACAGCAAAUAUACGCCAGGUUACAAAGUGGCGGCGGUGGUGGUGGUGGAUCUCAGCCACCGGUUACAACAUCAACUGAAGCCUUACCGGGUCUACCCGCUGCAUCAUCAUCUUUCCCUAUAUGGGUAGUGCCAGCUUUCGGCGUUCCUUUGUUGAUCCUUCUGGUCUUCAAUGUCUACCAAUGGAGAAAGUCUCGCAGUAAAGGCAGGACACCUGGUCGUGCCAGCGCUGCCAGUGCCACGGGGCAUAACUGGUUUGCGGCGGCCGGUGAGAGUGCGGAACAUCUGCAUGCUGCCGUCAGUAUGGAUAGCAUAGCCACAAUGACCAGUGAAGAGAGUAUAUCAGGACACAUGGAGGUCUGGAAUGAUAAGCAGCAGGUACAGGCAAAGCGCAAAGCACCCAUGUUCCGCGGUCUCGGCUUCUUCCGGCGCGGGUCCACCACCGAGGACAGUCCUGUUGACCAGCAGAGCACGGACAACAGCCAGGCAAACAUAACACACAGAGAAAGCAAAACCUCCAUUGCCAGCCAGGCGGGCAGCAAGACGUCCGUGAAGGGAAGCAAGCAUCGCAUUCACUCCAGCAGCAGCAAGAACUCGCUAAUCUCAACGAGCAAGAAUUCUCUAGUCGGCAGUAAGUCCAAGGUCUCCUCUGGAAGCAAGCUGGGUGGGCACGAAGAGCACUCCACAGUUGUUAUCAAUGCUGCAGCUAAUCAAUUGGCAGCUGAGGAAGAAGGAAAGCAGAAAGAUAGCUCAUUGCCAUCGCUAUGGCUGGACUUGGCAGGAUUAGCUCAUGUGCUCAAGGAACCAGAUCAGAUUGUUCAACAGUUCAAGUCUGUUCCGACCAAUCUCACAACAGCCGACAACAUUCCGCCGGGCACGGAGACGAAGAAUAGAUACACCAACGUCCUUCCCAACCCACGCACUCGUGUUGGUCUGAAGUUGAAGUUCGGUGAGCCCAACUCCGACUACAUCAAUGCCAACUUCAUACGGGGCUUCGAUGGAGCACCACGCAAAUACAUCGCAGCACAGGGACCACUGUAUUCCACUGUGCACGACUUCUGGCGAAUGGCUUGGGAGCAGAAAGUGUCCGUGAUCAUCAUGCUGACUGGGUUAGAGGAGAGAGGAGUGAUAAAGUGCGCCCAGUACUGGCCAUCAGAGGACAGCAGUGAACUAGGUAUCUACGGAGACAUGGAGGUCAUGCUGAAGGAGAGAUCUAAGAAGCCUGACUACACCAUAACCAAACUAUGGGUGACCAAUAUCCAGCAAAGCGAAACACGAGAAGUGCACCACUGGUGGUUCACCUCCUGGCCUGACUUUGGCGUUCCUAGUACGCCGAAAAGUCUUCUGGUGUACCUGACGAAGCUCAAGUCACUAAUGCGUCUCAGCGAGGGCCCGCUUCUCGUCCACUGCAGCGCCGGCAUUGGAAGAACGGGCACUGUAAUUGCCCUGGAUGUUGGCAUGCAGCAGCUGGAGAGAGAUCGUCAUGUAGACAUACUGAACACAUUUGCCAUGCUUCGUCAGGAUCGAGGUGGCAUGGUCCAGACGAAAGACCAAUACCGAUUUGUCUACCAGGCACUGCUGGAGUAUGGUACGUACCUGGAAACGAUAAGCUCCAGCAAGAACACGCCUGCUACACCGUCGGCUGCCAGAACUACUGCAUCAUAGCCAGCGCAGACCAUCAUACGCUGUGAGUCACAUGUUCGCAACUGAGCUUCAAAAGUUCUGCGGUGGUCGAGCCAAGCCUGCAGCAUUAUUCCUGGCGUGUUGUCAAGCGUGCCUCUAUGCUGGAACCUGUGGUAAUGCAAGCGUCAGUGCCCGCUUCAUAUCAAGUUCAGCACGCUUGGAGAAGGAGUUGGUCGACCUGUAUGCUGGACCUGUCGUUAAACAAUGAACAGAUGAGGUCAGAUGACAAUGUUCUUUGAUCCUGUGCAAGAACUGGCUCCACGCUACGGGCACCGCUGCCGUUGUGUGUGUGUGUGUGUGUGUGUGUGUGUGUGUGUGUGUGUGUGUGUGUGUGUGUGGCUAGAACUGCGUGCUUGUAGUGUUCAGUCUGUGUAUGCCAGGAGCUGAUAGCGUGUGUGAGGUAUGACUGGUACACAGAAACACUGCUCCUCCAAGGAAAUCAAUGACUCGACAUAUAGAAAUUCUUGAGAUUUUAAUAGAUAUUAUCAGGACCUCCUACUUUGUAGUUUUUAUCAUGGUAAAUAAUACCAAUUUAAGUUGAGUGUAAUUUCUUAUAGUGGAGUAUCGGCAACUAGCUGAGAGUAAACCACAGUGACUGCUCACGUGCUUUGAUGAGAUUAUAGAAUGUUGGAUAAUGCCACACUUUUGAGGAACUUGAUACUAGUGCAGUUAUGGCACUACCGGCAUCACCUGCUGCCCGUUGACUCGUUGCAUUUUUUGUUUUUGCGUGAUUGAAAUCAAACCUUGACACAACCGAACAAACAAUAGCAGAUUUGGAUGGAAAUGUG